AGUUGAGAAUAGUGAGCAGUAUGCAAACAUAUCCCAGAGUGCAAUGUGGCAAUUGGCAAACGGGUAAUGUUGUGGGAGGAUAAACACAUUUUGCGGUUGUCAAUUUGUAGUUGCUAAUAGCUGACCGGUGCUGGAAGAAAAUCGUAUGGUUCGAAGGAGGGGGAAGAUUUGGUAUUUGACUGAACGGCCUUGGCCCCGCGUUCGACAGCAUGGAGAAACAGUUGCAUUUGAAUGUGUUAGCUUCCAGACCUCCCGUGUCAGGAGGCUUGCAGUCGCGGUCUAAAAUGAGAAUGGGACCUGGACGGAAGAGAGACUUCUCCCCUCUGUCCUGGAGUGAAUACUUUGAAGCGAUGGAAGAUGUAGAAGUGGAAAACGAUAACGCCAAAGAUACGUUCAGAAUCUACUGCAGCGGCCAGCAUGGUCCUGUGCUGCUCCUGCUCCAUGGAGGAGGCCACUCUGCUCUCUCCUGGGCUGUGUUCACUGCGGUGAUAUACAACAGAAUUAACUGCCGGGUGGUGGCUAUGGACCUCAGGGCCCAUGGUGAGUGGCUAACUCUCCCUCAUGAUAACACACGUUCCUUCUGGUUACCUCAUAUUCAUGGUCUCAAUAGUAUUAUUAUUUAUUUUUUAAACUAUUUUCUUUCCAAAAAAGGUGACACCAAAGUAAAGAAUUCUGACGAUCUCUCAGCGGAAACAAUGGCCAAGGACAUUGGCAAAGUGGUAGAAGCUCUCUAUGGAGAAAACCCACCUCCGAUCAUGAUGAUUGGACACAGCAUGGGUGGAGCUAUAGCAGUUCAUACCGCUGCAGCAAACCACGUGCCGUCUUUACUUGGCCUGUGUGUGAUUGAUGUCGUGGAAGGCACAGCAAUGGAUGCAUUAAACAGUAUGCAGAAUUUCCUCAGGAGUCGACCAAAGACCUUUAAGUCUGUGGAGAAUGCCAUUGAGUGGAGUGUGAAGAGUGGACAGAUCCGAAACGUUGAGUCAGCCCGGGUGUCCAUGGGAGGCCAGGUGAAAAAAUGUGAGGAACCCCUCAACAGUCCAGGCGUCUCCAAGAGCAUCAGUGACGGCAUCAUUGAGGAGGAAGAGGAGGAGGAAGAAGAAGAAGGAGAAUCCAACCACAAAAGAAAGAAGGAGGAUGACCAAGAGGUGAAGAAGGAGACCCUUUAUACCUGGCAGAUUGAUCUGUCAAAGACAGAGAAGUACUGGGAGGGCUGGUUCAGUGGCCUGUCUGCCCUCUUCCUUUCCUGUCCUGUGCCAAAACUGCUCCUGCUCGCUGGUGUGGACAGGCUUGACAAAGAUCUCACAAUUGGACAGAUGCAAGGGAAGUUCCAGAUGCAGGUGCUCCCUCAGUGUGGCCAUGCUGUCCAUGAGGACGCCCCUGAAAAAGUAGCAGACGCUCUGGCCUCAUUCAUGGUCCGUCACAAGUUCACUGAAUUUAAGGAGGGUUUCCUGUGCUAAUGGGACCCAAAUAAACAAUAAACUACAUAGACAAGUGCCAGUUUUGUCCUGGAUCCAUCCAGCAGUCAUGGAGGAGUUUCCUGGAGCCUCAUGGACACCAUCUUCUGCCAAUUACUCCCAACUGUGAUAAAAUAAUGUUCAUGAGCACUAUACAAAUUUCUCAGCACUUAAAUCGGUAAAAGAUAUAAUUUAAAUGUAUUAUUAUUACUACUACUAAUACUUUGACACUUGUGGUUUUGCCCUUUUUUUUGAAAGCAGGGAUUUUGUUUUACCCAUCCCACUCAACCUUUUUUAUUUUAAUUUCCUGUGAUGCCUUGCCUGUUUCUUGUUACAUUUUGGCUAACUGCGUCUUGUUAUGAUAUGUGUUUAAUGUUGUUGGAUUUUAAGAAUGAUGAAUAAAAAUGGAAAAAUAAUAUUUA